UAUGCUACAGUGACUUCUCACAUAUGAAUGAAGUUGCAACAUACAUAUUUGGCAUUAGUGAUGUCUUAAGCCACCAUUGUUUUGUUCAACAAUGAUCAUGCCAUUGUGUUUUUGUGUUCUUUGAGUUUGAUUUAGUUAGUAUCAGAGGCAGUGAUAUUAGCACAAAUAGGAAGCUGUAGCAGAAUAUAAGCAUUUGACUUGAGUGUUUAUGAAAAUAAGCUUUCCCUGCCUCUCAAGAGCAUGAUUACAAAGUUUAGCUCAUGUUCUUGUUAAAGGUAUGUUUUCUUUGGAGAGGAGGGAGUUUUUUUCAGAAGUUUGACAGUAAAGCUUUCAGUGAAAUACAGGGUAGAGCUGAAAAGACAAAAUGUUCAGAAAAUUACAUUCCAAUGAAUGUUUGCCUUUAAAAGCAAAAGAAGAGCUUAAUAAUCUCAUAUGAUGCAUGAAAUGAGUGGUAAAGUCAACAGAGUGGAUAUAGUGGUCAUUGAAAGGUGAGGGAAGUAAGACAAGCCUUCAUUAAACUUGGCCUUUAAAUGUUUUUAAAAAACAAAAUACAGAAACACCAAGUCUUGCACCUGCCAGUGCAUGGAGAACAUAUUGAAAAGAUGACUGAUAACCAAUGUUUUUCUGUGCUUGAUGCAUCAGUUGAAUUUGUCAAUUGCUCUGAAGAAAGUGAAGACCACCUCUGUGUGUUCAGAAUUCCUUAUGUAUCAGCAGCACCUGAGUCCUUUGAGAGAUUUUGUAUAGUGCCUGAAGCAUUCAGCAGGGAAGUGCAGCACAUGUUGAAUAGCAAAGGUUGUAGUGAGGACUGAUGUUUUGGCCGAGGGAAGAUGGUAGAAAUGUAGAGUUAGCAAUUGUGAAAAGCUUUGAGAGAUAUCAGAGCUUCUUGGCUCUGGUUCUCUCUCAAUCCAAAAGAUCACAGGAGGUAACUGAAACAGAUUAAUUUGUAAUUCUGAUAUAAGCAUAAGUAAUACAUUUUUCUGCUGACUGUAUAGAGUACCUCAAAGACUUACUAAUAGCUGCCUCUAGCAUGACAUUUUAUCCCUGUCACAGUGGUUUUUGUUAAAAGGUCACAUUAUGUGGGGAAGGAGAUUAUGGUAACCAAGCCAUAUAAAGGACUCCUGCAAAACACAGAACAAAAUAGUAGCCUGUGCAGAGGUUUGUGAUCUUCUGUAUUGAUGAGCUAUUAAACAACUGUUUGCAAAACGUCUCUUGGUCUUCUGAGGUCUGAUUGGUUUCUGAGUGCAAAUGGGGGACAUGUAGCUGCAGUCUUACAAGCAAAACCAUUUUGACUGAAGUCCUUGAACUUUUUUAAUUACUUUAAUUUGUAUCUUGGCAGAAGGAGUGGGCAAAGCUGUAAUAGUCUGAGUUUAGCUUUUUAUUUAUCUUUUUAUAAGCUCACUAGCUGUAAUGGCAAAGCAUCUUUCAAAAUCUUAACUCUAUUCUGUCAGUAAGAUACAUGUGGUAUUGUACUUGCAAUCUGGCUCAUGCCUAGAAACAGUUUUUCUCCUGGGCCAGUUACAAGUAAUUUUGGUGCUCUUGUGUAGCAGUAAAGAGAACUAGCAAAGUAAAUUAGUCCAAUACUGACAUUUAUGAGCUAAACAAUUUGGACUAUUUGUUUUUAGAAAUGUGUUACAUGAAAUUGUAGUUGAAAACCAAUUAUUCAACUAAGAGGGAAAUUCACCAGAUAGCUAAUGUAUCUUAAUCUUAGACACACUUCUGACACUUAGCCUUUUCUGAAGGUUGAAUGACAUUGGUGGUGGUUUCAUUCUUACUCCCCUUUGGAGGUGGAUUGUAUUCCCCUUUGGAGCUGAGGCGUUGUGCUGGCUUCCCUGCUCAGCUUUGCAAAUACAGUGUAGUUCAAACUGAUGUUACUGCGCUUUAUCCACCAAUGAGCAGUUUUGCCCAUUCCCUGUAUCUAAGGUACAGAUUCCAGGUGGAUGUCACAAAAUCAUUUUUUUCCAUAUUCUGUGUACGUAGGACAGAUUUGAGUCAUUAUCAUCUCUAGGAUAAGGAGAUGGUAAAACACCUUAGUUAUUCCUACAGGGACUGUUUAUGUAGAGGAAGGAUAGUCUUGUUUCAGCUGAGAUCCUGCCAAAAUUUUUGUUGCUUAUAUGGUUUUUAAAUAGCAUAAACUACAUUCUAAGGAUUUUUAUCUUUUUUUACAUUGUUUGUAUGUAUGUCUGUGUAUGUAUGUGUAAAAUUAAGUAAUGGUUUAAAAUUUUUAAGGAUUUGGCCAAAUUCAAACUAAAAGGCUGCUUGUUUUUUUUUUAAUAUAUCUCUAGCUAUGUGUUGCAAUACCAUUUGACUGUAGAUUGUUUGAUAAUUUUUUUCUUGAUUUUCAAAAGCUAUUAAGGAAUGCCUGUACCUAUUUUUGUAUAAAAUCCGCUUUGAUAACAGAUAAACGGUUUGAUAUUUCUACAGAUGAAAGUCUGUGUACAAAUAGUGUUUAGAUAAGAUGCUUUAAUCUCUUAUUGUGCAUAUUUUAUAAUUUUAAUUCAGGAAGUUAGAGUAAUUUUUUUGUGUAUACUUUUGUGACUGGUUGUAAAUUAAUCACAGAAGUACAGUGUCAGCAUGAAUUAAUUAUGCAAGUUAAGCAAAUGGCUAUUUCAUUAUUUUAUUGAAAUGCCAAGAGUUUGAGGAGGUCUUUUGUCUUAAUAGAUUAGCCAGAAUUCAUUGGGAAAAGACUUAGUAUGUUUAAGGUAAUGGGAAAAUACUGCUUUCAGUACAUCCUACAGAGAUCCUGUUUAAAACAGAUGACAGUCUGUCACGUUCAGUAGCACAUCAGUCAUCAGAUUUAUUCUAAUUCCUUAAGCUGAACAUUUCAUUCAAGCCUGUAGAUUGUCUUGUCAAGCUACCAAAAGCCUCAGAGCUUUUCUGUCAAGCAUAGAGUUGCACCAGCAGUUCACAAAUAAAUGCUAAGCUGCAAAAAUACUGUUUAUUUUCUUUAACCUUUUAUUCAGUUAACUACACUAUUCUUUAGUGUUAUUUUCUCCACAUGUGUUUAUCACAAGGUAUUCGAGGGACUGCUUCCUAAACAUGCCUCAUCCUGACCACAGCCACUUCAGACCAAGGACCACUCGUUUUGGGGCAUGUUGUUUUUACUUGUAGCAGUCUAGACCACCGUGGUUAUCACAUUCCUCCCCUAAUCACAAAGCUAAUCCAAAAGUAAAUGAGGAACUUAGGAAAAGAUUGCCAACUUCAAAUCAACACAGUUACACAGAAUUGAAGAAGAAGCAUACAGCUUCAUUUGAAGGGUUCUUUUCAGGGACUCAGUGUUCUGCGAUAUGAGCACAAUAACUCCCUGAGUGUUGUCAUAAUCUAGCCACUGUAUCUUCAAGGCACACACAUCUUUUUAAUAAAUCUCUGAAACCUUCAUGCAAAAACUGGACUCAGUGCCAGAUCAAACAAGUUCAGAAGAACAAAUGGAGAACUGGUCAAAAGAAACACACAUUUUGGAUCAGAAAAAAGAAGACUUUUGUGCUGAACUUCAGUUUUAUAAGAAUUUUCAAAAACCCACAGAAUUUUUUAUCCAGGCAGAAACUGAAGCACUGAACCUUUCAGAUUUGCGAGUAACCAGUCAAAGAGGAGGAGUCUUAACUGGCUGUAAUUCUGGUUCUGAAGAAUCAAGCACUGUAGAAAGAAAGGAUAACAGGGUGCUCCCUGAAUUUACAUCAUCAUGGAGCGAUGCUGAAAAUUUAGGUGGAAAAACAGAAACUGCAUUCCUUUUAAAAGAAUUGGACACUCUGAGGGCCAAAAAUAAAAAGCUUCAAGACAAGCUGGCUGAAAAGGACAAAGAGCUGAAGACAAUGCAACUGGACUUAGAAUUGCAAGACAGAGCUACAGAAGCUAAGAUUGCAGAGAAGAUUGCAGCUCUGGUGGAAGAAGUUUAUUCUGCUCAGCGGGAACGUGAUGAGGCUGUCAUGGCAAGGCUCAGGUUAGCCAAUGAAGAGAGGGAUGAAGCAUUUCUGCGUGUCCAGCGUUUAGAAAAGUCUCUCAAAGAGCUAGAAAAUAUUAACCCUGAAGAAAAUGACAUGACAUUACAGGAAUUACUGAACAGAAUAAACAAUGCAGACACAGGGAUAGAUAUACUGAAGAAUGGCGCUAUAAUUCUGAACCGAAUACACAGGACCAAAGAACGUAAAAAGAAAAUAAUAGCUGAGGAAAUGAAUGCAGUAAUAGAACAACGAGAUGCUGCUUUAUCUCAAUGCAAACGGCUGGAGCAGGAGCUUCAUCAUCUGAAAGAGCAGAACCAGACUUCAGCAAACAACACGAGACAUAUGACUGCUGAAAACAAUCAAGAACGUGCUCUGAAGGCAGAACUGAUAGCUUUGCAACAAGAAAAGGAAGCUGCUCUUCAACAGUGCAAAAAACUAGAAGAGGAAAUCCAAACAUUGCGUGUUUAUUACAGGUUAUACAAGUCUUUGUCUGAAGGAAUGAGUCUGAAGAACCAGCCUAACUGUGCUUUCAGUACUUCUGAAGGUGGACUGCAGGGAAGGGAGGAUGCUGUGACCCUAACCUAUGGCCAGAUUGAAGAGCUGGCAGCUCAGCUGCAGCAAACUCGAUCAGAGCAAAAGGACACUGAGCUGAAGCUCCAGAAAGCCCUGGAAGCUUCUCAGGAGGCCAAUGAAAAAGUUCAAAAGUUGGAAAGGCUGGUGGACGUCCUGAGGAAGAAGGUUGGAGCAGGGACCAUUAGGACCGUGAUCUGAUUGAAAGCUGUAGUCUAAGGAAGCUUUCACAUCUGGUGACCAGGCUGCUUCAUUCAGCACUGUGUAAACACUGAAGCCUUAACUUAGCAAACAGUUGUUAGAAGUGGGACACUCCAGUGACAUUCCAAGCUGAGAUAAAAUCAAAUCAUAAAUGUUUAACUACUUUGCUGCUGAGUUCUGUGAUUUGUUAAAAUGUUUCACUGCAAACAUGUAUUUGUUUUUAAGCAAAUGCAUUGUGGCACUGUAGAUUGUGAAAAAUUAUGUAGAUGCUUAUUUAACAGUCUGUCCUGUCAGUGUUAGUAGACUGUAGUCUGCUGCAAGGCACAGCAUGGUCAUUUUUUUAAAUACUGCAAGCUUCAGGUUCAAAAUGCUGCAAAGCAGUUUCAAAAAUUAAAUUCCUUAUUUUAUUUGUGAGACUGCAAAUAGUCUAGUAUUUGUAUGUUAAAUAUAUUAAUUGAUAAAGUAGGUUGGCAUUCAAGAAAUAUCUCUCUCUGGUAUAUUGGAUAUUUUUUCCUCCUUACUCAUAGCCCAUUGAAUUGCAGGUAGUAACUGUUGCUACAUCAAAAGGCAAGAUAAAUGUAUAGCUUUAUACAGCAGUUGAAUAGCUUCUGCUAGUACAUGGCAUUUUCAGUGUACAUUAAAAAGAAAUUUACAUUUAGGUUUCACUGGAAGUAUAGCUUAAAAAAUUGCAACAUGAAAGCCUUGUGACAUUGUACAGUA